GAAAGCAUAGUUUCUAUGGCUUUCUUAUUUUCUCAUUUCAUUCUAGAUGACAUCAUAAAACGCCACAGGAAGGAACAAACAGAUGCCAGCGCCRCGGGCGACAGCAGAAGGCAGCAGGUCAAGAACAGGAGUUCAGCCUCCGGCUAUGGGCGGCCCCGAUUCCGAGCCUGGAAGCAGAGGAAUUUGCAAGGACCUAACCGUUUCAGAAGAGGGUUUGGACAGCAACAAUUCAAUCGCAGACAAUUCAGGAAUACUUUGCCUGAUCGCAAGAGAAGAGCAGCUUCUGCAUUCGAYGGAGUGAGCCCUUUAAAUCGCCAAGCAUUGGCUCAGGAGGGCAACAAGAGCAAUGCCUUUGCCAAAAGCAGCAGCGGGCAGGAGGAGGAACAGCCACAGCCAGGCCCCAAGAGAUUCAGAGCAGAUGCUGAUGGUGUCCGUGCCCCAGGGAGAAGGCCUUUCCUGCUGAACAGGGGACCAGCGUUCCAGCAGAGGCGGGUGCAGCCAUGGCUCUCCCGCUUUCAGAGAGGGCAGAUGGAUGCUCAAGGAGAAGGGAAACCGCCAAGGAUGAGAAGGUGGCAAGUGAAACCCAGCCCAGGAGCAAUUCUGACGGUUUCUGUGGCUAAUCCCCAGGCGGGCCAGACCAGCGSGCCUGGAUCCAAGCGCCCAUUCCUGCGAAGCCAGAGACCCCCGGCGCGGGUGGCCAAGCCCCAGCCCAGGGGGGUGCUGCUGAGGUUCAACUUCCGUGCCAUGGCCAACCAGACCAGCCUGACGCUGGAUGAGAGGUUCUCUGGUCUGAGGAAUAAGAGGCGCUUUACAGCGGCCAGGAGCGCCCGACGGACAGUCACCAUGGCUUAGGACCUCGUGCUCAUCACAGGGACUGCCUSUUAACAGUCCUGGCUCCAUGACAAGGACUCAAUAAAAGUCUCUAGAUUCCCUUUGA